AUGGCAAGAACUGAAGAUCAAGUACCAGAAGAAGAUGAAGUGGAGGAAAUUCGUGGAGAUAUAUUAGAUGCCAUCCUCUCCCACGUGCCACUCGUCGAUUUGGUGCCGGCCUCACGCGUGUGUAAGUCUUGGUGUUGCGCGGUGAAAUCCUCUCUCCGCUACCUCAACAAACCAAAACCAUGGCUCAUGCUCCACAGUCAAGAUACUCGCCACCCUUACAACAUCUCCAUGCACGCGUACGACACUCGUUCACACGUUUGGAUGAAAAUGGUUCGUCCUUCGAUCAAAUGCAUGUCAAAUCUUAAAUCAUCCCACUCCAAUUUUAUUUACGACUUGUCCUCUUUGAAAUUGUCCUAUUCGUUCGACCCUUUAAAUCUCACCUGGAGUCACGUGUACCCUCCAUUCGGGUGGCGGAACGACCCAAUUGUGGCACGUGUUGGAGACUUCAUCAUCGUCGCGGGUGGCGGAUGCGAUUAUGGGAGUGAUCCAUUACCCGUUGAGAUCUACAACAUUCGGACAGGUACAUGGCACACGUGUGACAACAUGCCAGAGAAUUUGAGAGACUUGCAAGCCUCGAUUUACCUUUCAAUAGCUACCACAAAUGAAAAACUCUUUGUCACGGAGAAGCAAACGGGGCGGACUUAUUGGUUUGACAGGGAAAUACGAUGUUGGUCUGAACCCUAUAAUUUGAAUCUUGGACAAUCCAUUGUCGACUACAAUAUUGGGACUUCUAAUGACGAUUUGAUUUUGGUUGGUUUGUUCAAACAUGUCCAAAAUGCUGAACAAUUGAAGAUAUGGAAGGUUGUGGGAGAAAAAUUUCAGUGUGAAGAAAUUUGUGAAAUGCCUUACCUAUAUGUCGACAAAUUGAAGAGCAAGAGUGUUGAAAUUUCUUCGGUGAAUGUUUGUGUACUAAGGAAUUUUGUUUAUAUUUACAAUCCAUUGGAGAUGGAGCAAGUAGUGAUGUGUGAGUUGAUAACCGAUGGUUGCUGCAGAUGGUGGAGUAUACAAAAUGUGGUGGCGCGUGACAAAAUGUUAAUGAGUAGGUUGGUGUUCUCAUGCUCCGAUAUUAAUGUUGAUGAGUUGCAACGAGUUAUGACGUCGGAGAAUCAGAGAUUUUUGGUAGAAUCGUGA